GACAUUUUCUCCGGGCGGCGCGGACGAGUGAAGGGACUUGGUGGAGGAGGCUGCGGAGGCGGUGGGGUUCGCUUUGGCCUCCCCUUGACCCCAGUUGGGGUCCUGACCGCAACCCUCUACUCGUCGCUGGAGCUUGUGCUGAGGACAGAAGGCGACGGUGGGGCCGUCGCGUUCCUAGUCGCCGCGGCCCGGAGGGAACCGGCCGGGGGGGCUCGGUGCGUGCCCCGACGGGGCGCGCGCGGAGCGGGCGACGAGGUGCCGGGCUGCUGCGCAGCGCAGGUUGGUUUCCUGUUACAUCUUUGACAUAGUUUCCUAGACUGCUCCAUGAAUUAACUUGAAAAUCUGAAAUGAAGAUGGAGGAGGCAGUGGGAAAAGUUGAAGAACUCAUUGAGUCUGAAGUGCCACCAAAAACAUCUGAACAAGAGACAGCUAAGGAGGAAGAUGGAUCUGUGGAACUGGAAUCUCAAGUUCCAAAAGAUGGUGUGGUGGAUUCUACAGUUCUCUCUUCAAUGCCCUGCUUGUUGAUGGAACUGAGAAGGGACUCUUCUGAGUCUCAGUUAGCAUCCACAGAGAGUGACAAGCCGACAACUGGCCGAGUUUACGAGAGUGAUUCCUCUAACCACUGCAUGCUUUCCCCUUCCUCUAGCGGCCACCUGGCCGAUUCAGAUACAUUGUCUUCUGCAGAGGAGAAUGAACCCUCCCAGGCAGAAACAGCGGUAGAAGGAGACCCUUCCGGAGUGUCUGGUGCCACAGUUGGGCGUAAGUCUCGCCGGUCACGAUCUGAAAGUGAAACAUCCACCAUGGCUGCCAAGAAAAACCGGCAAUCCAGUGAUAAACAGAAUGGCCGAGUUGCCAAGGUUAAAGGUCAUCGGAGCCAAAAGCACAAGGAGAGAAUCAGGCUACUGAGGCAGAAACGGGAGGCUGCUGCACGGAAGAAAUAUAACCUGUUGCAGGACAGUAGUACCAGUGAUAGUGACCUGACUUGUGACUCAAGCACGAGCUCAUCAGAUGAUGAUGAAGAGGUUUCAGGGAGCAGCAAGACAAUCACUGCAGAGAUACCAGAUGGACCUCCAGUUGUAGCUCAUUAUGAUAUGUCUGACACCGGCUCUGAGCCAGAAGUGGUAAAUGUGGACAAUUUAUUGGCGGCUGCAGUAGUUCAAGAGCACAGUAAUUCUGUAGGAGGCCAGGACACAGGAGCUACCUGGAGGACCAGCGGGCUUCUAGAGGAGCUGAAUGCGGAGGCAGGUCAUUUGGAUCCAGGAUUCCUAGCAAGUGAGAAAACAUCUGCUGGCAAUGCACCACUCAAUGAAGAAAUUAAUAUUGCCUCUUCAGAUAGUGAAGUGGAGAUUGUGGGGGUUCAGGAACAUGCAAGGUCUAGGGUUGCAGUUAUGAAGUAUUGAUGGGCUUCUGGCAGGGUUAUCGCUUGGAAGAAGGUUUUAGGUUUUGAUCCACAUCUUUGUGUUCUAAUUUGAUUUUUUGCAUGCAUAGAUGUUUUGUUUGGAUUUAGUUGUCCUUUUCUUGUUUUUCCUUUUGGUAUUCUACCUUGUGGACUUUCUGAGAGCUUUAAAAAAAAAAAACUGAGACUUUGUUCUUGAGUUGUUCUCUUUGAGAUUGUGGUUGUUCUGACUUGCAUUGGAUAACAUUUUUCCAUAUUGGAAACAUUCUGUUUUGUUGACCUUUGCACUCAGUAAUUCUGGUUAUGACUUGUCUUUUUUUUUCCCCCCCCAAUAAACAGUCAUUUUUCUUUUCUUGCAUGCUAACAUCUUUCCCUGCUCUUUCAUUUUAGAUUUUGACAUAUCCCCUUAGCUUACGUGUUUCUUCUAGUUAUAGGCUAGAAAGCAUGCUUUCUUAACUUGAAUGCAUCUUUUAUGGCUGCCUUGGAUUGCCGUGAUGAACUCUUGUCAUUGUCUACAUGUCAUUUCUAGGUAUUAUUUUUGGACAGUCCAGUUUUAUAAGGUGCUGUUUGCUAGUGAGAUGGGAACUUCUCUAAAAUCUCUGGUUCUUCUGCACCCAUUUAAUUUUGCCAUAAGUUUUAAGUUAUGACCGUCUUGCCAAUAUUUUUCUUUAUCCUUUGUCCUUUUUCCUUCUUUCCUUCUGCCAGCCUCAUUGGUAAUUCCCCUAGGAAGAUGAAUGUGUGUAGCCUGGGUCUUUAUGUCAUGGAACUGUGUUGGAACAGUUCUUUCAGUACUUGUUCUCUGAAGCUUUUAUGAAUAAUCAGACUCUUAUCUCCUUUCACAAACAUGGUCCUGUGGUCAUUGGUUAAUGUUGAUUCACCCGUCAGCAGAAGAAUUAGUGUGAGAAAGCUUUAGCAUUUAAGACUGAUUGCAUCCUAGAACCACUUGCUAACAUUAACCCUAAAAAAACAAGGGGGGUCAGUGAGCAUUUCCCUGAAGCUGCAAGGAUUCACUCCACCUUCAGUUCAGAAAAAUAAGUAGGAAUGUUAUCUAAGAGGUCACCUUCAGGAUCUGUAAAUGAGAGCAAAAAAUGAUUAAUUUUUAAUGUUGUUUUCUUAGACUAGUAAGUUAACUGUAUCAACAGCUGAUCAUCAGAGCCUGCCCUCUUUCUGUGUUUUUCUUCCUUUCUACUCCAAAGUCUCUCCUUUAUUGGUUUUAGUGUAUGAAGAGCAGGAAAUUAUUAUAUCAAAACUUAUUGUUUAUAAAUAGUGGAUUGGUGGGGGAAAUGGAAGUGAGGCCUAAGUGGUUUUUCUUGGCUAUAAGACACAAAAUGUGACUCAUUUUGUAGACCUGUUGCCAGUCAAAUGCAGAGUAAAUGCUUUGUGAGGAAAAAGCUUGUGUCUGCACUAGAAUUUGAUUGGACCAAUUGUAAAACAGAUGAGUAUAUUCCCACCCCAUAUCUUUCAUAAUAGAAAAAGGAUAUGUGCUAAUACAUGGAACUGUUUUAUGUUAGUUAACCUUCCAAAAUUUUGAGCUUCUCACAUCCUUCUUUUUAAAAAAAUAUAGUUUUAUUAUUUAUUUAUUUGGCUGUACCAGGUCUUAGUUCCUGCCUGCAGGAUCUAGUUCCCUGACCAGGGAUCAAACCUGGGCUCCCUGCAUUUGGAGGGUGGAGUCCCAGCCUCUGGACCACCAGGGAGGUCCCUCACAUGAGCCUCCUUUAUAGGGCCUCUCUGUGGGGUUAAUAACAGUUGUUGUAGUCCCAUUUCUUCCUGAAUUUUUUUUUUCCUUUUUAUCUAAGUUAUUCUGUAAGGUACCAUCUUAUAAAAUAGAGCUUGACCUUUUUCCCCCUGUACUUAAAAAAAUGUGUUAAAAGUCUUGUUCUAUCCUCAUCCAUCUCCUAGCUACCAUUUUAUUUAAGGUGGUUGAGGUCUUAAAUCAUAAAAAUUUUUUUGAAUGUUUUUUUGGCUUAUAACACACAGAGAAAGGCUAUAAGUUUGCAUUCUAGCUUUUGUACCCAUACCCAAGUAACCAGCAUUCAGAACAAGAAACAGAAGUCCCCCUGUGCCACUUCUUAAUUAUACCUUCCUCUGUCCCCCACCUUGUCCCCGUAACUACUAUCCUGGCUUCUAACAGGAUAGUUCGCCUAUAUUCAGAAUCUUAUUAACAUUCCUGACAGAUGCCUCAGCAAUUACUUAAAUGUUUAAAAGGCAGAUUAUUCUGUUUUGUGUAGUCAUGACCAUUCAAAACUUGGCUUCUAGAAAACGAUUGUUGGUUCUUACUAUGCUCUCAAGAUUGUGUACAUGGAGGAGCUGCCUUCCAUGGUGAUUCUCCCUUCUUUGGCAGCUGCCCUUCAGUUGCAGUUAAUAGGAGACAGGGAAGUUUUUGGCCAAAGAAAGGAUCAUCACAUUCUCUGGAGAAUCUAAACUUUUGAAGAGAAACAGAGUACGAGGGUUGGUUGUUGUUACUGUUCAGUCACUAAGUCGUUUCCAGCUGUUUGUGACCCCAUGGACUGCAGCACAGAGUUUCCCCUGUCCUUCACUGCCUCCCAGAGUUUGCUCAGAUUCAUGUCCAUUGA